UCUAAAAAUAGUUGAAGGUCACCGUCUGUUUGGAGCUCGCCGUAUUAUUCGGGCGAGUGUGUCGCGGUACACACGCGCGGGCGCCGCCAUGGCGCCGGGCUUUAGACUUCUUUGUUUAUUACUCAUUUGUGGGACAAUUAUUAUUAAUGUGGAAACAAAAUCUCACAAAUCUUCAAAAUUGACUCAGCAUCCGACGAAACCAGUGCAUAAACCGUCGAAACCAGAUCAUCAUGAGUCAAAACCUUCGCCAGCUCCUCAUUCACCAGUGCAUGAGACAAUAUCGAAACCAGUGAAGCAUACGGAUGUGCAUGCAACGCAGCCAACAAACAAAAACACAGGAAACCAAGGCCAUGGGUAUCCAGGCCAUGGGCUGUCUGUAUCAGUGACUAGUGCGCCGCCUGCCAAACGCGAACACAACCCAUUCCCUCAGGAAUCUCCAAAACCUGCCGCUCAACAGCCAUCGUAUCCUGGCGGCAAUGGACUCUCAGGAAGUGCGACCAAUCAUAUAAAUAAACAAACCGCACCGCAGUCAACACUUUAUCCCGGUGGCAGCGGACUCUCGGGAGAUGCGACCAACCAUAUAAAUAAGCAAACGGCACAGCAGUCCACACUUUAUCCCGGUGGCAGCGGACUCUCGGGAGAUGCGACCAACCAUAUAAAUAAGCAAACGGCACAGCAGUCCACACUUUAUCCCGGAGGCAGUGGACUCUCGGGAGAUAAAACCACUCAUAUAAAUAAGCAAACCGCACCGCAAACACUUUAUCCCGGCGGCAGCGGCCUUUCAGGAGGUGGGACCAACAAUAUAAAUAAACAAACUGCUCCUCAGGCAACUUAUCCUGGCGGCGGCGGGCUCUCAGGAGGUGGAACCAACAAUAUAAAUAAGCAAACCGCACCGCAGGCAACUUAUCCUGCCGGCGGCGGGCUCUCAGGAGGUGGGACCAACAAUAUAAAUAAGCAAACCGCACCGCAGGCAACUUAUCCUGCCGGCGGCGGGAUCUCAGGAGGUGGGACCAACAAUAUAAAUAAGCAAACCGCACCGCAGGCAACUUAUCCUGCCGGCGGCGGGCUCUCAGGAGGUGUAACCAACAAUAUAAAUAAGCAAACCGCACCGCAGGCAACUUAUCCUGCCGGCGGCGGGCUCUCAGGAGGUGGGGCCAACAAUAUAAAUAAGCAAACCGCACCGCAGGCAACUUAUCCUGCCGGCGGCGGGCUCUCAGGAGGUGGGACCAACAAUAUAAAUAAGCAAACCGCACCGCAGGCAACUUAUCCUGCCGGCGGCGGGCUCUCAGGAGGUGUAAACAACAAUGUAAAUAAGCAAACCGCACCGCAGGCAACUUAUCCUGGCGGCGGCGGGCUCUCAGGAGGUCAGACUCAGGCAACAGGGACCAAACCUCAUACAUAUCCCAAAACAGAUGGACAAUCCGGUGGCGGUUAUAAACCAAGCAAUUACAAUCCAUUCCCUCCAACGACAAAUGUGGUCCAUAAAACAACGUAUAAUCACAUUUACGUCAGAAAUCAUAACCCUACCAAUAUUCACCAUAACGAUGUUCAAACAACAUACGUACACCAUUACCACUAUGAGCCGCCUAGACACGUCUACUAUGUACACAAUGGUAUACAACAACACUAUCCGGUGUAUAGAGAAAAACUACCCGAAUACGUAUAUGAGUACAGGUCAUCUAGAAGUCGAUUUAAUGUUCUACUGACCGGCCUGGCUCUAUACAAUCUUGGACAUGUAUCAAAACAUCACGAAUCACGUCAGUAUCACAAUAAUUACAAGCCGAGUCAGUACGAAGUUUGUAAAUUCGGUGUACAAUAUAAUAUCAACUCAUACGACGAAAUGGAUAUCGAUUGCCGUUUGAUUACAAAUUUCAUAAGGAGUGUGAAAAACACAAAUUAUGGACAAUUUCUAUUACCUGAUGGUACAUUAUAUGGAUCACAGCCGAAUCAGGUGCAACCAAAUGUGAUCCAAGUUUUGCUUUCUAACGGUACGUUGGCUCGGUUAAUUUGGAACCCAAGUUACGACGUCAUAGUGGAUGCCUUGGAUCCUCGAUUUGACGGGGAGCGACUACAUGUAAACGACGGUAUGAAAUGCUACAUGAAGUAUUACGACGGUUACUCUUUCCCUACUCCUCAGACGAAAUAUGUGAGCUGCAAACUUCUUGAAACAUAUGUCAAAGACUCUUUUAGUUCAGCGAGUAAAAUAGCAUCGUCUCUACUUGCGAUCUUAAUACCUAUUUUCGUAGCAGCAAUAAAUUUAUAACUGGUGUAUAUAUGAAGAUGAAUUGUUCAAUUUAUCAAGUGUUGAAGAGGGCGAAAAACGUGAAUAAUAACAGUGUUCCAAA